AUGGAUUCCAGAACUGUAGGUAUUUUGGGCGGUGGACAAUUGGGUCGUAUGCUUGUAGAAGCAGCAAAUAGAUUGAAUAUCAAAACGGUUGUUUUGGACGCUUUAAACUCCCCUGCAAAGCAAAUAUCCAACUCUACAGAGCAUGUAGUAGGGUCUUUCAGCAAUCCUGAUGACAUUAGAAAAAUAGCGGCCAAAUGUGACGUUUUAACUGUUGAAAUAGAGCAUGUCGAUGUGUCAACUUUGAAGGAACUAACUUCUGAAUACCCAAAUCUGAAAAUAUAUCCCACGCCAGAAUGCAUUGAGAUCAUUCAAGAUAAGUUCCUGCAAAAACAGCAUCUACAAAAGAACAGGAUUAAGGUUGUGGAUAGUCUGCCAGUUGAUUCACCAACAAAGAACAAUUUACUAGAACUAGGUCGCCAUUUCGGUUUUCCUUUCGUCUUAAAAUCAAGAACUUUGGCAUAUGAUGGAAGGGGAAACUUUGUUAUAAGAGAGGAGGCUGAUAUUGAUGAGGCUUUGAAAGUUCUAGAAAAUCGUCCGUUAUAUGCUGAGCAAUGGUCCCCUUUCGUAAAAGAAUUAGCCGUUAUGGUAGUUCGUUCUGUUGAUGGCCAAGUCUUUUCCUAUCCUGUCUCUGAGACUGUUCAUCAAAAUAAUAUAUGUCAUAUCUGCUACGUACCUGCAAAUAUUCCGAAUUCUGUGGAGCUAGAGGCAAAAUUAUUGGCUGAAAAUGCCAUUAAAUCAUUUUCAAGUUGCGGUAUAUUUGGAGUUGAAAUGUUUUGUCUUGAAAAUGGUGAAAUCUUAGUUAAUGAAAUAGCUCCAAGGCCUCAUAAUUCUGGGCAUUACACGAUUGAUGCAUGUGUAACAUCCCAGUUCGAAGCACACUUGAGAUCAAUAUUAGAACUUCCAUUACCAAAAAAUUUUUGUAACCUUUCUACGACAAAUACCAAUGUCAUUAUGCUGAACCUACUGGGCGAUGUAGCUAUCAAAAAUAACGAGCUCAAGAUCUGUGAACGUGCCUUAUCAACUCCAGGAGCAUCAGUGUAUCUUUAUGGGAAAGAAUCUAAGCCAAACAGGAAGGUAGGUCAUAUCAACAUGGUUUCCUCCUCAAUGGAUGAUUGUAUAAGAAAGCUUGAUUUCAUAACCGGUAAAACAUCAAAGCAAGUGACAAUUUCUGUAACGGAUAGGAUGACUAUCAAGGAGAAUAAAACAGCAUUGGUUGGUGUUAUCAUGGGUUCAGAUUCAGAUUUACCCGUUAUGUCUGCAGCUUGCAAAAUACUGGAAGAUUUCGGUGUACCAUUUGAAGUAACUAUAGUUUCUGCCCAUAGAACACCUGAUAGAAUGAAAAAGUAUGCAGUAGAAGCCAGUAAAAGAGGUUUAAAAACAAUUAUUGCUGGAGCAGGCGGAGCAGCUCAUUUGCCGGGUAUGGUUGCCGCAAUGACACCAUUGCCAGUUAUAGGUGUACCAGUUAAGGGAUCUACAUUAGAUGGUGUAGAUUCUUUACAUUCGAUUGUUCAAAUGCCAAGAGGAAUUCCUGUAGCUACAGUGGCAAUCAAUAAUAGUACAAACGCUGCCUUACUAGCAGUUAGGAUGUUAGGAAGCAGUAAUCCUGAAUAUUUCACAAAGAUGGAAAGAUUUUUAUUGAAGCAAGAGAUGGAAGUCCUUGAAAAAGCUGAACUUUUAGAAAAGAAUGGCUAUAACGAAUAUUUAAAUUCAAUGAAAAAAUAA